AUGGGUUGGUUGUGCCUCCUCUUCCUGCUCUUUACUACUUGUCAAUUCAACUCUACUUGUUCAUCAUCAUCUAACUCUUCCUCUUCUCUUUCUUCAGGGCAUUUAUGCCAUCCCCACGACAGCUCUGCUUUGCUUCAAUUCAAGAACUCCUUUUUUAUUCAUACCUCUUCUGAACGUGAAUUAUAUAAUGGAGCAACUCUUUAUUCUAAUAGUACAAUUACUUGGGAGAAAGGCAAGGAUUGUUGCGCUUGGAGUGGAGUUACUUGUGAAAAGAUGAAUGGUCAUGUGAUCGGUCUCAACCUUCAUUUGGUGUGCUUCAAGGCAAUAUCCAUUCCAAUAGCAGCUUAUUCUCUCUUGGCCAUCUCAAGAGGCUAUACCUCUCUGAAAAUGAUUUCAGAGGUUCCCCAAUUUCGUCCAAAUUUGGUGGCUUUAAUUGUUCAAAACCUAACCAAUCUUAGGGAGCUUGUUCUGACCCAAGUUGAUAUGUCAUCAGUUGUACCUGAUUCGUUAAAAAAUCUGUCUUCUUCUUUGAAAAUUCUUAAACUCUUCCGGUGCAACUUGCAAGGAAAAUUUCCAGAAAGCAUUUUCCACCGACCAAAUCUUCGACUCUUAGAUUUAAGCAGUAACUAUAACCUCACAGGUUAUUUCCCCAAGUCUAACUGGAGCAGUCCACUCGAGAUGUUGGAUCUCUCUCAUACAAGAAUCUCAGUAGAUUGGCAUCAUCUAACAAGAAAUUUCAAGUCUUUGAGAGAUUUGUAUCUCAGCAAUUGCAGUUUUGUAGGAUUAAAUCUUGCAUUUCUUGGUAACCUCACACAUAUCAUGCGGUUGGACCUCUCGUAUAACAGUUUUGGUGGCCAAAUCCCAUGGUCAUUCUUUUUAAACCUUGAGAGACUCGUUGAAUUGGAUCUUCUGCACAACAACUUUGUGGGCCAGUUUCCAGAAGUUGUUAGCAACUCGACAUCGAUCUCUUCUUUAUAUGAUUUUUCAAAACAACAACUGGUGGGUCCUAUUCCUCGACACUUAACCGAGCUCAAUUUAUAUGGGAACCAACUUAACGGAACAAUACCAUCUUGGUUAGGUAGUUUGCCAUCAUUGGAAAUGUUAAACCUUGGAAGUAACCAAUUCAGUGGAAAUAUCAUUGAGUUCCAAUCUCGUUCUUUGAAAUUCCUUUUUUUAAGGGAUAACAAGCUGGAUGGCCUGAUUCCAAGAUCAAUCUUUGAACUUGAGAACCUUUCGUACCUUGAUCUACCAUCCAAUAACUUGAGUGGCACUAUGGAGUUUGAAAAGUUUUCCAAACUCCAAAGUCUCUGGGCGCUUAAUCUUUCCUUUAAUCAUCUAUCCUUGAGCUUCAACCAUUUGAGUAACAACACCUGGCCUCAACUUGAAUUAUUAGAUUUGUCGUCUUGUAACAUAAGUGAGUUCCCAUACUUUCUGAGAAGCUCACAAAAUUUGGUGAGGUUACACCUUUCCCACAACCGAAUCCAAGCCGACAUUCCCAAAUGGUUGUUGGAUUUGGGGAAAGAUUCAUUGAAUUUUUUGGAUCUUUCUCACAACUCUUUGACUGGCACUGUAGGACAGCUUCGGUGGAAAAAUCUUGUGUAUCUUGACCUUCGCAACAAUUCACUCCAAGGAGAGCUUCCAAUUCCACCACCUUUCACGUAUUACUUUUUCAUAUCAAACAAUCAAUUCACUGGAGAGAUGCCUCAAACGAUCUGCAGCUUGAGUAUGCUUCAAAUCCUUGAUUUGUCUAAUAAUAAAAUGAGUGGAAAAAUUCAUCAAUGCAUAGGGAACUUCAGUCAGAGCCUCUCUGUUUUGGAUCUACGGAAUAAUAAAUUUCAUGGAGUGAUUCCUGACACAUUUUCUAAGGGAAACAUUUUGAGAAAUCUUAAUCUUAAUGGAAAUCAGUUGGAAGGGUUGUUGCCGCCAACUUUGCUCACAUGUAGAGAGUUGGAAGUUCUAGACAUUGGAAACAACAAAAUUCAAGACACAUUCCCAAAUUGGCUGGAAUCUCUUCCGAAGUUGCAGGUUCUUAUCUUGAGGUCUAACAAAUUCUAUGGUGAAAUAUGCAUUCCAAAAACUAAGUUUCCAUUCCAAAAAUUGCAUAUCAUAGACCUCUCCAACAAUCGGUUUAGCGGUCUCUUGCCAACAAAAUAUUUUGAACGUUUGACGGCCAUGAUAAACUCGCAAGAACAUGGACUGAAAUAUAUGGGAGAGGGCUACUAUCAAGAUACUGUGGUAGUGACAAUUAAAGGCAUCAAAUUUGAAAUGGAGAAGAUCCUGACGUUCUUCACAACUAUUGAUUUCUAA